UACGGCGGUAUCGAGGCACCCUCAAUUAGCUGCUUCACGCGUGAUGUAUAUACAAUAUAUGUUGGCGGCAAAAGGGUUAACUGAACGACGUAACAAGUUCAUCAAUUCCAUCAGUAUUACUCACUGAGCUGCGGCGACGCAACAAGUCGCUGACAAGGAUUUUUCGCCAAGUUAAACACAGCCACGUGGGCGGCCAUGUUGCGUUGGUUUUGACAUUGUCAUUAAACGCGAUUCUUUAAUGUCAAAACGCAGUCGUUCUCGGCAUACUCACAUCUGCAUACGAACGUCGUUUAUUCAUUUUCUUCGAUAGACUGAAUUUUGUAUUCAUUGAGAAAUAGAAAUUUCGUUUGGAAUAUCUGUCUACAAUAUUUAUUAUUUGAAAAUACUUGUAGCAAAUACUUGUAGUAAGAAAUAUUUAGUAAUAAAAAGGGAGAGAAUCUAAAAACAGAAAGGUCCAAGGCUUCUUCAAAUUAACGACACGAUUCCCCACGGUCUCGUAGAAGACAAGCGGAGUUCAAAAGGUGACACCCUUCGAGAUGGCAUCGAGUCGAAAACGAAGAGUCGACAGCAUCCCCCAGUGACUGUGGAAUGUGUGAGAGAUCGACGCCUCGUACCGUGGCCAAUAAACGUUGAUUUAUCGGCUUGGAAAUCGAACUGGAGGUGAUUUGUGAUCCUGGACCGCGCACCAUGAGCACCAUGAGCCUGGUCGCGGUGCACCAUAGGGCUCCGUAGGGCCCCUGAUACCGGCCACCUUGGUGGGGGCGCAUCGUGAGCGUAUAUAACGUAUCCACGGGGUCCUAUAUAAGAGGAUGCCUACCAGAGCUCACACUCUCAUAACCGUUAGCUCAGUCUCAGUGGAAUUAUCCGGUAAACGACCAAAGUUACAAGUUCUACGGGGUUUGUGUCGCAGCUAACAUGAUACACGUGAUAUUGAUCGGCAUCUUUCUCGAGCAAAGCCUCGCAGCACCCAUAGCGAACGUUUGGCUGAGUCCCAUAGGAUCCUUGACGCCAUUGAGGCAAUUUCAUAUACAGGAUGGCGCCGGGGGAUAUCAUUAUUCAUUCACGGGGCCCCAUCACGCCAAAUCGGAAUCCAGCUUGAACGGAAUUACACAGGGUGGCUAUUCUUACAUCGACGCGAACGGGGUCUUGCAAACGGUUACCUACACGGCGGACGAUGAAAAUGGCUUCAGAGUGAGCGCCAGUAAUCUUCCUCAACCGCCGAAAAACGAUCUUCAAGCGGUUCAAGACACGCCGGAAGUCGCUGCGGCUAAGAAGAACGAGUUGGAGGAGCUUCAGAAGUCGCAGCUCAGAGAUCACUCGAAUUAUCAAUCGAACAUUCUGUCUUACAAGAUACUGCCCUCGUAUUUUAGCGUUUCUCAGCUGGGGAAGGAGAACGAGAAGAAUUUGGCUGUUCGAGAAAUCGCGACAACGAAGAACCCGUUCCUCCUGCCAGCGUCCGAGGCCGACAGGAUCAAAGUACCGAAACCCGACAACAAUCUCUUAAAAGCAUCGGCAAAAAAUCCAUCGCCUCAGCAAAGGAAAAACGAGAUUAUCCAAGAAGGGACUUUACAAUCAGGGAAACUGGUGACGUUGAACGGCCUUCAGAGUCCUGUAGCUGUCCCUAGUUCUUACGUGCUUCCGGUUCUACCGUACAGACUGCUUCACAGCGCCCUUCACCAUACUCAAGACUCCCUGGGCCAAUACGAUUACACGUAUGCAGGUGAUUCCAGCGCGAAAACUGAAUCCAGGUCUUUGGACGGGACCACGAGAGGAGCUUACAGUUACAUCGACCCCAACGGCAUUUUGCAGCAGGUCCAUUACGUGGCGGACCACAACGGCUUCAGGGUUUUGGCCACCAAUUUGCCGGAAGCUAAAUAAAGACACCGUCGGUGUCGCUCGACGAGCUUCUUUCGAGAACCGCAAUUCGACGGGAAUUUGUACUCGAUUCAGAGGAUUUGUCCGAAUUGAAAUUUUACUUUUAGAGAAAGUUCACUCGAUGAUUACGUAAAUUCUUUUUUACUGGAUACGGGGAAUAUUUCGUUUGGAUAUUUAAGUGAUUAGUUUUAAUGGUACUCGUGUAUGAUUUAGUGGAAAUAGGUUAUCUUGUCAAGAUGUGAGAAGUAACUAUGAAAGUAACAUUUUAAUGCUUGUUUUAUACCGAAUUUUAAAUCAAACAACUGUAAGUCUAAACACUGUACUUCUGUACCGAUUUCUCUGUAUCGAAUUUAUUAAAAUUUCCUCGAUCGACGUUACAAAUUAUUACAAAAUGUAGGAUUGUAAUAUAGAGACAAAAGAAUAAUACGAGAAGAAAGAAAUCUCUAAAAAUAUCUUUGAAACCGAUUAAAGUAGCUAAAUUCGAAAACGUGCUAUUAGAGGAGCAUUUAAAACACUGAGAGCUAUCAAUUUGUAUCCAAGAUGAAAUUGCGGAAACGAAGAUUUUCAUCGUGGCAGCCCGCUGCAGAAUCGAAGAUGAAUGCAAAGGUACACGAGGCAAAGGUAAACUUUCCUCGUUCGUUUCCUGAUGAUUGGAAGUCGACUUUCUUUCUUUUUUUUCUCUCAACUUCUCCCAUAGAACGUACGUGAUCAAAGAAUCCUAAUAAUUUCCGAUCUAUCGCGAACCCGUUUCUUACCGUUGGGUGCUCUAAGGGGUGCAGGGUAAUCAAACUUUCCGAAUGCUUUUCGAGUUCGUUCCAUCGCGGUUUUAUGCAUAUUCGUGGACGCAGAACGAACUUAAUUCGUAUUCGUAUCUCGUUACUGGCUAAUUGUAAGAUUUACGUCUGAAUAAAUUAUUCUUUGCGUG